AUGCCUGAUAUAUGUCACGCAGACAUCCAACAAGGAUCUACGCUCUUAAAACGUCUUAAUGAUAUCUCAACCCUCGCGCAACUUGCAGAACGGUACAUCCGAAUGAAGAGCCAUAUGAUUCCAAUCCCAGCGUUGGGACUACUAUUUACAUGGGCCGCACUUGCUCUGUUACACUUACCAUUGGAUGAUAGGCUUGCCAAAAAGUUCAUAGCAGCUCAGGGAACUAAUAAGGCGUCAUGUGUUUCCACAAUGGUGUACUGCAGUAAUUUAUGCAUCUCACUGUGUAAAGAAUAUGCACCUCCAAAUGAGGUUCUCCUAUGGCUGCUGCACGAAAGUUUGACCCUCACAGCACAAUUCUACGGCGAUUGCAGUCAUCAGACAUGGCAGCGCCUGGGCGACUUGGCCACUGAAGCUCUAGACCCAAGUAGAGUCAGGUCUGGCACAGAAAGCCCCGCGGUUUCAUUUCUUCUUUCCCAAUCGCGAAGGAAGAUUCUAGCUUCUGCGUACUGGAUAGACAAAAGUUUGGCGAGCUUACACGCUCAAGUCCCGCGAAUUCCUUGCCUUCCGCAAGAUUUUGAAACCCCACUCGAUAUCGAUGACGAUGAGCUCCUUUCGAAAAGCCUUUCUCACUCGGAAUUACUACAUUCGCAUAGCAGUGGUUGGAAUCAAUCGGCGCAUACCUGUCCAGCUACAUAUAUUCGCGCUAGAUAUAUCUUAGGCGGGCUUCGAGAUGAGCUCCUUCAACUGUCCCUCACAGCGUCUGCUGUCAAUAGACUCCUAAAGCUAAAGGUGUAUGACGGAACCAAUGAAUUACAGGAUCAUUCACCAUCUCCACUGGAGCUUAUACGCAAUAUCAGUGCUUUCAUCAGUUACCUGGGUCAAGAGUGCUAUGCUGACGGUCAGCUUAGCCUUUCCUACAUCAGCACAUAUAAGAAUCUAGAGUGCGCCCUUAACGAUCUUCUUGAUUUGAAACAGAUAUACGCUCUUGGAUGCGGCUCCGGUGCUAGUUCCUCGACCGUUUCCCCUGGCUCUGAGAUAUUGGGGAACUACAACAGCAUUGAAGGUGAAUUAAUUGAUUGGACGAAUGAACUUGAGUGGAUGAGACAAUGGAGUGUGUAG